UCAAAAACAACAAUGGCGACCAGGAGAAGUGCUAAAAGACAAAGAACCUCCGGUGAUUCUCUUGACAUGACAAAUUAUUUAAAUUGGUCCGCCGUUGUUCUUCGUGAAAAACUGUUAGAGGCGAAUAUAAGCGCUUCUUCCAAUUUUCCUAUCUCUGUGUUGCGUAAAUUGUACCAGGACAAUGUGUUGGGAAAAGAUAUUGACGCUUCAAACAGACAAAUUGAAAGCAGGGCCAUCGAUGUGAAUACCGCGGAGAAUUCCGACCACACAAACGGUUUUCCCGGACAAUCUUUGAAUCUCCAAAGUUUGCCUGCGGUAUCCGUAGCAAAUACGACAUCCUUUCCAAGUACGACUUAUCCAAGCGCAACUACUUCCGGUGGAAACCCAAGCUCAGCUACUUCGAGUUCCCCAGCAGUUAUCGAGUCGCUUGUGCACACAGUUCAAAGCCUCCAAACGAUGGUCUCGAGUUUAACUACCCUUAUUUCAACGAAAGACACCAACUCUAACAGCUUGCCGUCAUUUAAUUUACAGCAGUUCUACCAAACGGUGAACGAAAAUACUCAGAGCCCGAGGAAAUUCGGCACGAACCCGGAGGAAUUGCCCCAAAUGGAAUUGAUUUCCAAUUCCAUCCGGAAAAACAUCAUCGACGAUAAACAAGUUCAGAAGCCUAGCUCCUCAAGCAGACAGACACCCUCAUCCUUGCCCACCCCUGCAGGAUGUCCUUUGGAAACCUCUCACAGAAUAGAAGCUUUGAUGGAAGACUCCAUAUCCAUUUCAACUAAAGCUACGUACAACUCCGGAUAUCAAGCCUUCUUAAAAUUUAGUCGUAUGAACAACAUGUGUCAAAGUGUGUCAGAAGCUGCUUUAAUGGAAUUUGUCACCUACUGUUACGAUUCCAUGAACCUGACUUACCAAACAAUCAAACUUUACCUCUGCGGAAUUCGACACCAUCUCAUUCUGCUCGGUAUACCUAACCCUUUCACCGAUUCGGCAGGUAAUCUACCUAGAUUGCACAUGCUACUAAGCGGUAUAAAAAGACAAAGUCAAUCCUACCAUCCAAGCCGACAACCUAUUACUUACAAUGUGUUACAAGACAUGUGCAGCGUGCUUCAAAACGGUGUGAAUUCAAAAUACAUGGAUACGUUAAUGACAACAGUGUGUGUAGUGGCUUUUUUCGGCUUCCUCAGAUGUGCGGAAUUUACAUGCAAAGCAGCUUUCGACCCUCACAUUAAUCUGUGCGUAAGCGACCUACAAUUCUACAAUGACCACGUCGUUCUCUUCCUUAAACAAUCCAAGACUGAUCCGUUCCGAAAAGGAUUAGGGAUCAAGUUGUUCAAAAAUAAUUCCGUAUUAUGUCCAUUUGAACAACUAAAGAAAUACUUAGCUACAAGAAAUGCCAUUUUUGACCCAAAAAUGCACCUCCCCCUGUUCAUCAUGGAAAAUGGAAGUGCCCUCAGUCGGUGUAAUUUUUUGACUAUGUUAAGGGAUUUACUGAAGCGUUCAAACCAUGGCGACAGCUACAUCACUGGACAUUCCUUCCGAAUUGGUGCUGCUACAUCUGCAGCAAAAGCGCGCAUCGAAGACCACCUUAUCAAAUCACUAGGAAGAUGGACCUCCGAUUCAUAUACGCGAUAUAUCAAAACACCAGACUCAGCCAUUAAACACGCGCAACAGUCCAUGCUCACCACCAGUUGACUUCUGCAAGAGAUUCUGUAAACAUUGUUUAACAGUCUGAUGACUCGAACAUCAUUGUGAAUGUGUACAUAGUGUUUAAUUCUCAAAUUUUUUUUUUUUUAAACUUGUUGUUUCCUGAUUACAGAGUAACUUUUUAUGCUCUCAUUCAAAUUUAAGUAUUGUUUAUAACUUGCUUUGUAUUUCUUGUGUCGUUAUCAUGUUGUUAUAAUUUUUUUUUUUUUUUUGUAUAAAACAGCUUACUAUGUUGCUGCCUAAGACGUUAUUUGUAAAAAUUUUCUUUUGUCUCGGUUAAAUCUUGUUCUUAUUUUCAAUUGAACUCAUAGUUAACAUGUAUGUAUUACCAUGGCGUACAAUUAUAAACACUUAUGGGGCACUCAGUCACUCAAAAUUUCUUUUUUUUUUCGUUCCUGAGUUUUGGCCUUAUUAUUGUCAUAAUUUCCCCAUUACAAUUUUAUAAUCAGCUAAAACUUCCUUUUUGGUAAAAUUCUAGAGCAGAGUUUACAACUUUCGUUGUAGCAGUACACUCGUACUGGGGAAUUUCUACCAUGUGGAUCUUCCAACUCUGUCUUGCUGGGUUCAACAAUUUUCGUUGUGGCGAUGUCUCACACAUCGGGAAGAUUCUACCAUGUGGAUUCUUCAAUCCAGCAAGUUCUCAUGGGUGACUGAGCCAGUUUUCGUCCAGUAUUGUGUAAUUGAAUUUGUAAUGUAAAUAUUUUUACUUGUCUUAUUUGUUGUUGGUAUUUACUAUAAUGUUGUAAGAUAAAGAAUUCUUGAACUAGAUAAAGACUUUUGAAAUAUCA